CGCACAUGAUAUUUAGUCUGGUUCAAGUAUCUUUACACAAAGGAGUACACGUGUUUAUCACAAUUGUAUAUAUUAUUUGUUAUUAGUUAAUUUAUAAAUAUAUGUGUAAUGAUAAUAAUGAUAUCUUAAAAAUGGAUGACUUUGGUAGAAAUCAAUUACUCAAAUAUGGUUGGUCUGAAGGAAAAGGAUUAGGAAAAAAUGAAAAUGGAAUGAUAGAAGCUAUAAGACCAAAGCUAAAAUUUGAUACAACUGGAAUUGGCCAUAAAGAAUCAAAUGAUUAUGAAUGGUGGAAAAUUGUUUUCGACAAAGCUGCUAGCAAUGUAGAUAUUGCCUCUGAUUCACGUGAUAUUUCAUUUAAAACAAAUAAUAAAAACGUGGAAAUACGUACAAGUAAAUUAUCUACCAAUAUUUCCAAAGAUAAAUUAGUUUAUGGCAAUUUUAUAAAUACAUGUAAAUUAGAAGAAGGUAAAAUAAUUAAAAAUAAAGUUAGUGAAACAAUUAUUUCUCAAACAAGUAGUUUAAAACUGAAUGAGAAUCUAUUAAUACCCGAUGAUGAAGAAUUAUUUAAAGCAUGUGGAGGCAGAACAGCACAUAAAGGUGCAAGACAUGGAAUUAAACAAAGUGGAAAAUUAGCAAGAAUAGAAAAACAAGAACAAGAACUUAUUGAAAAAAUUGAUUCUUUGGAGAUUCUAGAUAAUUCUUGGAUUAAAGUUAAAAAAAAGAAAAAGAAAAAAAAUCGAGAAAAAGAGUUUAAUGAGGAUGAAGUUGAUAAUACAACAAUUACAAAUAUCCCAAGUAGAUUGUCUGAUUCACCAGAAGUAUUCACUAAUGAAUUAACGAGUCCGAUUAGAACUCUAUCAAAAAAAACAAAAAAAAAAUUGAAACGUCGUUUAGAAAAUUUAACAAAUGAUUUAGACAGAGUGCUGGAUUUAAUUGAAGUUUCACCUGGUUCGGAAAAAGGUGAAAAACGUAAACGUAAAUCUAAAAAUAAAGAUAGUGACAGUGAUGUAGAUAUGAUGGAUAAAAAACAAAAAAAGAAAAGAAGUUUUUCAGAUAGCGAUAUUAAUAGCUGUAAUAAAACAAAUCAUUCAUUGGUAGAAGUUGAUAAUUCAAUGUUUGAUGAUAGCAAACCAGUGGUAAAAUCUAAAAAUAAAAAAUCUAAAAAAAAAGACAUUCUAUCCUCUACUGUUUUAAAUAAAAAAAUAGAAAAGAAAAAGAAACAAAAAGCGAAAAAAAAAGAUGGACAAAAGAUCAAUUUCCUUGCUAAAAGUCUUAAUGAACUUGCCUUAGAGAACAAUGUCGAAGUUGUUGAAAAAGAUGAUGUAAUGAAAAAGACUAAUAAGAAAAAAACAAAAUAAAAAUUGAUAAUCAUUAUAUAAUCAUGAAAAUUUUUUAAAUGAUUCUCAACUUUGUUAUACUCAACCUUUUUUUAUAUGGAAUUGGAAAAUAUUUACAAUCUUGUCAAUCAAUAAAUAAAUAAAUAUUCAUAAUACUAUUUCGAUGAUUUUGUUAAUGAAUCUAAAAAAUAUAUUUAUGUAGUGAUAAAUAAUUUCAAAAAAUUUAUUUACAAUAAUAUGAAAACA